AUGUCGGCAGCCGGCAGCAAAUACAUCGACACGGAGGUGGAAAACGCCAUCAACGGGGUGAAGCAGAUGAAGACCCUCAUGGACAAAACCAGUAAGGACCACCAAGCCAUCCUGCACACGCUGGAGGAGACCAAGAGGAGGAAGGAGGAGGCGGUGCAGCUGGCCCGGGAGAAGGAGCAGCAGCUGGCGGCGAAGCAGGAGGUGUGCAACGAGACGAUGCUGGCGCUCUGGGAAGAAUGCAAGCCCUGCCUCAAGCACACCUGCAUGCGCUUCUACUCCCGCACGUGCCACAGCGGCUCGGGGCUGGUGGGACGGCAGCUAGAGGAAUUCCUCAACCAUUCCUCGCCCUUCUCCAUCUGGGUGAACGGCGAGCGCAUCGACUCGCUGCUGGAGCGGGACCAGCGGCAGGAACGGCAGUUCGAGGACCUGGAAGAACGUUUUGGGUUGUUGGAGGAUGGGGUGGAUGACAUCUUCCAAGACAGCACCCAAGUCUACGGCCGCAUGUAUCCCUUCUUCCGAGCACCCUUCGGCGGUUUCCGCGAGGCUUUCCGCCCUCCCGUCCAGCACGUCCGCUUGCCCCCGCGCAGCGAGAGGCUUUCCCGGGAGCUGCAUCCCUUUUUCCACCAUCCCCACCACGGUUUCCACCGCCUCUUCCAACCGUUCUUCGAGAUGACCCAGCGGAUGCUGGAAGAGGCGCAGGGCGGCUGGGAGCACGCGCUGGGUGGCUUUGCCCCAGAAUACCGUAACUUCAGCGACGAGCGCAUGGUGUGCCGGGAGAUCCGGCGUAACUCGGCCGGCUGCCUGCGGAUGCGGGACGAGUGCGAGAAGUGCCGGGAGAUCCUCUCCGUCCUUUCCAAGGCUCCCAACCUCGAGGACCCCUCGGCUCCCCCCGAUACGCAGGUGACGGUGCAGCUCUUCGAUUCGGAGCCGCUGUCCCUCACCGUGCCGGGGGACAUCUCCUGGGAUGACCCCCGCUUCAUGGAGAUAGUGGCCGAGCAGGCGCUUCAGCACUACAAGCAAAAUGCCAUGUGA